UCGAGCACCAUUCGGAAGUCUCGUUUCUCGAUUUAGAGAGAUUGCUGAUGACAUUAGUCCAGGUUACGAUUUCUAUUCCCGGAUGUUCCAAUAUCAUAAAACAUUUAUAAUUCAAUCGAAUGUAUUUCUAGCACCCGAUAAAUAUGACGUAGUAGCAGGAAAUAUUUCUUAUGAAUCUGCAAAACUUUAUAAAAAUAAUUACGAAAGAUCAAUAUGUCGUUCAACAUCGGAAAAGAUCGUGACUCCUUAUAGGAAGGAGAAAUUAAUCAAAUAUAAAGAAGUAAAAAAAGUUUCUGAGAGAAGUUACGUACAUCAUGCUGUUUUUAAAUCAAGAACAGAUAGAUUUCGUAGAAUUGUUAAAGGGAUCGAUGCGCCAGAUCCUGGAGCUUACGAAGCUUUAACCUCCUUCAAGGCUAAUCGUGAUCGAUGCGACUUCCUCUGCCGACGUUUGGCUCCACCCUUCCUUUCGAGUGCCCGUCGUGUUCUCGAGAUUACCAAAGGAAUCGAUAUGACAGUACCAGCUUCGACACAUUAUACCAUCCUGUAUGACAUAUCAAAAGGAGUCAAGGGAGGUGUGAUAUCGUAUUCACGACGUGAUAAGGAGAAGAGAACGAAGAUACCUGGACCCCAGUACUAUUGUAUAAAUCCUUACAUCGAGUCGUCUGUAUUGAAGAAAUCUUUCAACGUUACUUUGGGUAAAGAAAAGUUCAUAGGGGAAAAGAAAAGUGUAAAAGGUCGAUUGCAACGUGGUUACACGAGGAAAACUCUAAGAUGUUUCUCUAAAUCUUACAAGGAUUAUCGACAUUGUCCUAUAACGUGUUUGACAGUAUCGCGACGGUGAUUCGCGACUUUUUUUUUCUUUUUUUUUUUCUUCUCUUUUUUUUUUUUCUUUUUUUUAUUUAUAUAUAUAUAUAUAUACAUAAAAAUAUUAAAUUCGAAUUUAUCUAUUUUGACGAUAUACAGAGGA